AUGGAACUCCUAAUACUGUAAUAUGCAUAUUAAAAUGUAAACAAGUGAAGCCUGAAUGCUACAUUUCUCAUCAAUAUGUUUAGAUAUAAGAGUUCUUUGGGAUAAAUUCAAGGUGGUAAAGGGAUACAGUUUUUACCUAUUCAUAUUUGAUUAUUUUUUUCAACUUCAGAAUAUUGUUCAAAUAGCGAUUGUGUAAAUAUUUGAUGUGAGCUCUAGCUAAUAUUGUUUCAAUCUGGUUUUCAUUUGAUGGAAUGGCUUGGUCCUUUCCCUAGGAGCUUUGUGUAAACAUUAAAAAAAUUUCAAAUCAUUAUCAUUUUAUCCUAUGCUUACGUACUUUAUUUCAACAAAUUCAGAGCUUCUGACAAUUCAUGCCACAUAGUACGGUAAAUAUAUGAUAGCUUUUAUAAAGAGAAUUUGUAUUGGCAUUUAUAUACAUAUAUUAUAUAUAUAGUAUUGACAGUUUUUAACCAUAGGAUGUUUUUCAUAUUUCACACUUUAUUUAUUCAAUAUAAAUGAUUGAGACUUACUGGUAUGUAUGAAACAUAUAUUGUAAAAAAGACCAUUAUAUUAGUUAUACCUACAAACUUUUGAUUUAGUCAUUUUAUUAAUACAAAAAUUACUUUUUUUCUCUUCUGCAGUUACUGGUAAUCACCAUUCAUUGUCAUGUUAUUCAUAAAUUUAUAAUUUAUUACUGUAAUUGCUCUCACUGAAAUACAGUAUUGCAGCACAAAUUUGACAUAUUUGAGAUUUUCUUCCCUGUUUGGUUCUUUAUUCCACUAUAUACUUCCCAAGUUGCAUGAUAUUCAUUCAAUAUAACAUAGUAUCAUCAGCCAUUCUCUUUCAAUUGUUACAGAAAAAAUGUUUGUUUGGUCUAUGUUAUGCCUCCACCCAGCACUCCAUCUAUGUUUUUUUGUCUUAGGAAAAUUUGCAUUACACGUGUGAGCAUAACAAGAGAUUGCCACUGUCUGAUUUAAUACCAGACAACUGUUAUAUGUGGUAGUUGAAGGAAUCAUUUAUUCUAAACUUGGGAUAUGUCACUACCUAUCAUACGAUUCUUUGAUUGUAUGCUUGGUAAUAAAGAAUACAUGAUAUCUUUUCUAGGCAUGUAUAGAACAAUAAUAAUAUAAAUAUAGCACUACACUGUUCACUGCUACUUUGGACAUAUCAAUCUAUGAGAAAAGAUGUUUAUAAGUUUCAAGUCUUUUGAAUCUGUUGGCAGUCAACUAAAGUGCGAAUUAAAUCGCGAUUAGCUAGUAAUUAUGUUUAUGGUGAAUAUCACAAGUUUUCACCGGCAUGCAAUGUUUUUUAACGUCAGUUUAUAAUUUUCUUUGUUUCGCAUUCAGGUUUUCUGAUAAAUAACCAUAAAAUAUCAUUUCAAAUAUAUUGAAUCAGAAUAGAAUUGAUAAGUUCAUUAAUAAUAAGUUCAAAUGGUAUACCACUGUCAAAAAUGUCUUUUGCGAAAAAAAUUACAAAUAAUGCGGAAUUACCGGUAACUACUGCCGACUGUGAGGUUCAAAAAUUAAAGGAUUUAGUGAAGAAGCUGGAACGACAGAAUCAACAUCUUCGUUAUAAAACUGGGAAACUGAGUCCACAUUCAAAAACUGAUUUAAAUUCUGUCGCACGUUCAUCAUCAAGUGAUGAAUCUAAACAAGAUAACGAUACUGAACAUAAAUAUGUACCGGUACAUGAGGAUGUUGUGGUUGAAUCAGAAUUACAAGUCCUAAACCAGACAGCUGAAACUGAUUGGUUGUAUUCACCAUCCAAAACAAGGUAUUCAGAAAAUCGUGGAGUUCUAGAAUCAUGGAUGCGAAACGAUCUGGAACACCCUGCCACCCCAGAGUUGGCGAAAGCAAAAAAGAGCAUCUUGGCUAGCCUCGAUACAACAUUUGGAUACGAAAGUAUACAGUUCGAGUUUCCAUCUUUUGGAAGAUCCUCGCGUUCCUCUGCUUUAAAGGAAACUGAAGACGAGUUUGAGAUUCCUUCAUUGUCCAAUAAUACCCCAUUGGAACGUCGAUUAUUCUCAUCUCAUGGGGGUGGAGGAGAUAACUAUAAUCAACCAGAAGUUCCCACAAAAUCAAAUGCAAUGCACCAUGUACACCACAUGCCUUUACCUAGCCAUACAAUGACAUCAGUACAUGGACUAAUUCCAAGUGAUGGGUCUGUCGUAGGACGACACAGACAAAGAAGCCCUUCACCUAGUAAUCGAUCACGAGGAAUGCAAAGAAAUGCUAAAGAAUCAACAAGUUCCCAUGGUUCCAGAAGAGAAUCUCCAGUCAGAAGAGAAUCACCAGCUAGAAGGGAAUCUCCCUCUAGAAGAGGAGAAUCUCCAGCUAGAAGAGAAUCCCCUAGCAGAAGAAGAGAAUCACCAAUAAGAAGACAAGAAUCUCCAGCAAGGAGAAGUGAAUCACCUGCUAGAAGAAUGGAAACGCCAGUUCGAAGGAUGGAACUGCCUUCAAAUAGAAUUGAAGCUUCUCACCAACGAAUGGUUUCGCCUGGCCGAAGAAAGGAAUCGCCAAGUAGAAGAACUAGUUCACCUGCAAAUCGAAUUAAAGAAAGUGCAUUGCCUCCUGAAACAUCUCACUCCAGAAGAAUGCAAAGUCCAUCUACAGAUUUAAGUACAAGAAGAAGCAUAAAUAGAAGUUCACCGGAUCUACGUAGAGAUGACUUAUCCUCUGGAUCAUCAAUCUCGUCGGAUCCAACAGCAACACGAAGAAGCAAUAUUGGUAGAGUUUAUACAUCUGCUCUUCCUCAGGCAUCCCCUGGUUAUGGCCGAGCUACGAAUUCUGACACUAAACCGAAAAGUAGAAUUGGUAGACAACUAAAACCACCAUCUUAUUCUUCUCGUACAAGUUCUAGACUCACAAAUUCUGAUUCGGGUUCAGAACCCUCAUCUCCCAGAUCCGGUAUAGCUAGACCACAAAAUACAACUCCUCGUAGAUCAUUACCUCGACCAAGUCAAACAUCACGAAAUCAAUAUUACAAUCCUAAUAAUGAACAAUACAAUAAAUUAUCUCAUAAUUCGAACGCAAAUAAUAAUAUAGCUGAAACUUAUCAAGCAGAUGACUCACCAUUUGACAAUAAAAGUGAGGGCAGUGAUGUCUGGAAAGACGGUGAAUUUUUUUGAGUUGCACACUUGUAAUGUGGCUAAUGUUGUGCCAUAGUACAUUAUUGGAAAGAGUUUACUAGCGGUACAUUUUAUAUAUCUCUCAUAGACAAAACAAUCACCAUCAGUUGUAGUAAAUACUAUAAUUGUUUACUCUGCUACCACAGUUAAAGUUGUUUGGUGUCGUUUCAUUGAGAGGGUUAUGUCCAAUAUAUACCUAUAUAAUUUUCAUUAUAAGAGCCCAUGAUCCUGAUAUGCUUCAAGCCAAUAGGGGUUGGUUAACCCAGACACAGGCAUGUGUUGCCCAUCACAAUCAAAAGAGUUGCAAUUUACAUCAUUUUAAGAAGGGUUUCAUUUUUUAAAUCAUUCGAAUGGUUUGUCCUACCUAGAUAGUAUUUAUGCAUGCAAACGUAUUUUAACAGUCACAUAUUUUAUAUCAGUAAAGUACUAAAUUUUGAUAUGUUAGUUGCUUACAGGGCAAUAUAUGUUCCUUAUUGUUCUACAAAAAUAAGAUAUGGUAUGCAUGCUUCACUGUUUAUGCCUAUGUGUAACUUUCAAAUUACUUAUAUUGUUCAACUGUGAUUUAAUAACUUCAAAUUCUCAUUGCUAUGGUGUUGAAGUUCUUCGGUUUAAAUCAAAAGUAGCACUGAGUUAUACCGGUAAUUACCCUUUAUCAUUUUGCAACUUGACUUAUCCUUGUAAGCUGCUACUGCUACCCAAUGUGGUUAUGAACAUGGCAUGAUAUGGUGCAUCGAGGUGCUUGUAUCAUCAAUAAUAUUUGAAGACGAAUCUUUCCAUAGCAUCAGUAUUUUCAUUCACACAAGGUUGUUUGUUAUUAUUUUUUCAUUUUGUGUCUGACUCAAAUAUACAUUGGUUAUUGUUGAUUUCGUGAAUAUACUUGAUUCCUGAGA